AUGAGUAGAUUAUCUGGAAAGGUAGCAAUUGUAACUGGAGGUGCCUCGGGAUUUGGACUAGGAAUAACCAAGAAAUUUGUUGCGGAAGGAGCAAAUGUUCUUGUACUGGAUAUCAAUGAGCAAAGUGGACAGAACCUUUUAGAAAUAUUCCAUGACUCAAAACAAGUCAAGUUUCUCAAAGCUGAUGUCACAAAAGAAAGCGAUUGGAAGCAAGCUGUGGAAUUAGCAGUUAGUGAUUGGCAUAAACUGGAUGUUGUCGUCAAUAAUGCUGGUACCACUUAUCCAAACAAGCCGUCAUUGACAGUUACUGAGCAAGAUUUUGACAAGGUAUUUGCUGUAAAUGUCAAGAGCGUCUAUCACUCUUUUAAUGUAGUAAUUCCUCACUUUAUCGAGCAAGGUACAGGUGGUUCAUUUAUUCAGAUAUCCUCCACAGCUGCCUUACGGCCUCGUCCUGGUCUCACAUGGUACAAUGCAACCAAGGGAGCCGUUUCUAUCGCAUCCAAAUCAAUGGCCGUUGAGUAUGGACCUAAUAAUAUUAGAUUCAAUUGUGUAUGCCCAGUAGCAGGGGAGACUCCAUUGCUGGCCAGUUUCAUGGGUGAAGACACUCCUGAAAAGCGAGCUGCAUUUAAGGCAACAAUCCCCCUUGGGCGGUUUUCUCAACCUUCAGAUAUUGCAAACUCAGUUGCUUUCCUGGCAAGUGAUGAGGCUGCGUUUUUGACUGGAUUAGAUUUGGAGGUUGACGGCGGUCGUUGUAUCUAG